AUGGACACGCCCCCUGCAGGUCUGGCCCUGGUCCUGGUUGAGUUUAGGUACCAGUACAGGUCCACUGAUGGUGUCCUGGUGGAGAUAAAUCCAAAUGAGCGUUACGAGCUUCUGUGUAAGACCAACUCUCACUGGUGGAAGGUCCGAUCCAAACCGGGUCACAAACCCUUCUAUGUCCCCGCCAAAUAUGUCCGCGAACUUCCUGCCCUAAGCCCCACCCAUGGCCUCACUGAUGGACCAGAGAGCCUCGUCCCCUCACUCCCAAGCCCUGCUCCCUCGCUCCCAAGCCCUGCCCCCGUGCCUCCUCCCAUGCCACCAGAGACUCACGAUGGGUUCCACAAACCAUCAGACCAGGUCCUGAUUCGCCUGCGCCCUGAAACUGGGUAUCGCCGUCCUGAGAACAGGAUGUCCACGUUUGGGUUUCCCGCCGAUGGAGACGUUUCCUUAGUAACGCCUUGGGAUAGAAACGGGACUACAAACAUGGCUGACAGCUUGCGAUCGGCUGAUCCUACCUUGUUUUCACGUCACCAGCCAAUCCCGGUGGAGACGCCCAGAGCUCCCCCCACUCACAACAUCACACAGGAGGGAGCAGAGCUGGGACAAACUGAAGCAGAGGACAAGCGGGAGGAGGACGAGCAGGAGGAGGAGGAGCAGGAGGAGGAGCAACACGAGGAGCUGCAACAUGAGGAGCAGCAAGAGGAGCAGCAGCACAAGAAGCAGCAGCACCAGGAGCACCCCCGCGAGCCAUGCAGAGACCACAGCUCCUCUCACAUCUACGAGUCCAUACAAGACCUCAACAUCGACUUGGACGCUCUGAUAGGACCAGAACGAGAAGCCCCGCCCCCUACACAUGCCAAAUCCCCCGCACAAUCCUUGCCCCAUGCACAGGAGUCUGAAGGCGAGAGCCCCAUUUACGCCAAUGUCACCAAGGCAACAAUCCCCCCUCCCCCUUCUGACCCUGCCCCCCCUCCUCCCUCUGAUCACGCCCACUCAUGCUCCUCUUCCUCUGGACUAAGCCCCGCCUCCCCACUCAGCCCAUUGGACGAAUGGCAGUCGCACACAGACGCCGACUCGGGGAAACUUUUCUACUUCAACCACCUGACCAGGAGGUGCACCUGGACUCCGCCCACUGAGUCUGUCCCUGCCCCCACACAGUGGGAGCGGGUGAUGGAUGAAGUCUCAGGCAGGUUUUACUACUUCAACACAGCGACUGGAGCCACAACCUGGGACACAGGAGGACCACCACCGCUGCCAGAGGAGGACUACCCCCAAGGCCGAGACCAGGGCCGGGACCAGGGCCGGGACCAGGGCCGGGACCAGGGCCGGGACCAGGGCCGGGACCAGGGCCGGGACCAGGGCCGGGACCAGGGCCGGGACCAGGGCCGAGACGAUGACUCUGCUGUUGCGGACGACAACGUCUUUCUCCCGAGGUUCUUCGCCGUUCGCAGACAUGUCUCCGAUGUGACGGACAGCUCUAAAGGCCCCGCCCCCGACCAUGAGCUACACAAUAGGCUGACGCUGAGGAGGAACCUGUCGAAUCGCAGCUCAGACUCACGGCAGCAGCAAGGCCACCUGCUGGAGAAGGCCGGGGUCAUCAACAAGACCAAAGUGUGUGAGAACGGCAAAAAGAUCAGGAAGAACUGGUCUCAGUCCUGGACCGUUCUUCAUGGAGGAAUCCUCACAUUUCACAGAGAUCCAAAGUCUGCACCAGCGUCAGCCAAUACCAAAGCCUCCCAGAUUGUUCCUGAGUUCACUGUGGACCUGAGAGGAGCCUCUGUGACCUGGGUUCAGAACAAGUCGUCCAAGAAGAACGUCUUGGAGCUGAAGACUCGUCAGAGCUGUGAGUUCCUGAUUCAGUACGACACAGAGAGCAUCAUCAACGACUGGUUCAGAGCCCUGAGUGAGGCCAUCCGGCAGCUGGACCAGGACGUCCCGUCUGAGGACUCUGAGGACUCGGACCAAGAGAAGAGCAAGAGGAGCUGGAGUGGUGGCUCCGAGCAGAGACGAGUUCGUCACAAACUAAGACGAUUCCUCCAGAGACGACCGACUCUGGAGAGCGUCAAAGAGAAAGGAUAUAUAAGAGAGGCUGUCUUCGGCUGUCACCUGGACACUCUCUGUCACCGUGAGAACUCAUCCAUCCCGCGCUUCGUCCAGAAGUGUCUGCGUUAUGUAGAGCGCCACGGCCUGGACACAGAUGGACUCUACAGAGUGUCCGGAAACCUGGCUGUGAUCCAGAGGCUGAGGCACAAGGCUGACCAGGAGGACAUGUUGGACCUGGAAGACAAUGCCUCCUCCUGGACUGAUGUACACGUUGUGACUGGAGCUCUGAAGUUGUUCUUCCGGGAGUUACCAGAACCACUGUUCCCCUUCAGCUGCUUCAGCAAAUUCAUCGCCGCCAUACAGCUGCCUCAGUACACACAGAGAGUCUCUUACAUUAAGGACCUCCUCCAGACUCUCCCUCUGCCCAAUCACAAAACCAUGGAGCUGCUCUUCAGACACCUGAGCAGGGUCAUCGAGCAUGGCGAGCAAAAUCGUAUGUCUUCGCACUCGUUGGCCAUCGUCUUCGGUCCAACGCUCCUUCGUCCUGAAGUGGAGUCGAACCUCACAGUCCAUAUGGUCUUCCAGAGCCAGAUCGUGGAACUGAUGCUCAGGGAGGGCAUGUCUAUGACCCAGUCCCAGAGGACCCUGUCCCAGGUGGCUCUGUCCUGGGCGGCCCAGUCCCAGAGGACCCUGUCCCAGGUGGCUCUGUCCUGGGCGGCCCAGUCCCAGAGGACCAGAGGACCCUGUCCCAGGUGGCUCUGUCCUGGGCGGCCCAUGCUCUCAGACUCCGGCGGACGUCACGGCAGAACUCACGCAAAGGACAGUGAUGAUGACGAGGAGGUGGUGCAGGUCGACAGAGACCACUUCAUGGACGAGUUCUUUGAACAGGUGGAGGAGAUCCGCGGCUGCAUAGAGAAACUGUCUGAAGAUGUGGAGCAGGUGAAGAAGCAGCACAGCGCCAUCCUCGCCGCGCCCAACCCCGACGAGAAGACCAAGCAGGAGCUGGAGGACCUGACGGCCGACAUUAAGAAGACAGCCAACAAAGUGCGCUCAAAGUUAAAAGCGAUCGAGCAGAGCAUCGAGCAGGAGGAGGGUCUCAACAGAUCAUCGGCUGAUCUGCGCAUUCGCAAAACACAGCACUCGACGCUCAGCCGUAAGUUUGUGGAGGUGAUGACUGAAUACAACACCACGCAGUCGAAAUAUCGUGACCGCUGUAAGGACCGCAUCCAGAGACAACUGGAGAUCACCGGAAGAACCACCACCAACGAAGAGCUGGAGGACAUGUUAGAGAGCGGGAAACUGGCUGUGUUUACUGAUGAUAUUAAGAUGGACUCCCAGAUGACGAAGCAGGCGCUGAAUGAGAUCGAGACUCGACACACUGAAAUCAUCAAACUGGAAAACAGCAUCCGAGAGCUUCACGACAUGUUUGUGGACAUGGCCAUGCUGGUCGAGAGCCAGGGCGAGAUGAUCGACAGAAUCGAGUACAACGUGGAGCACUCUGUGGACUAUGUGGAGCGCGCCGUGUCUGACACCAAGAAAGCCGUCAAAUACCAGAGCCAGGCGCGCAAGAAGAAGAUCAUGAUCAUCAUCUGCUGUGUGAUCCUGGGAGUGGUUUUGGCUUCAACCAUCGGAGGGACGCUGGGCUUCUAA